GCCCAAUAAAGGCCAAGACUUGGUCCCUCCAAGCACUCCGAGCGGCCUCCGGGGAGGAAGUAUUGGGGAGCUUCUGUACAUCAGGAUGGUGCAGGCCAAGAGCUGGACCCUGAAGAAGCACUUUGAAGGCUUCCCUACUGACAGUAACUUCGAGUUGAAGACCACUGAGCUCCCACCCUUAAAAAAUGGAGAGGUCCUGCUUGAAGCCCUCUUCCUCUCUGUGGAUCCUUACAUGAGGUUUGCAGCAAAAAGAUUGAAGGAGGGAGAUAAGAUGAUGGGUGAGCAAGUGGCCAGAGUUGUGGAAAGUAAGAACUCGGCCUUCCCGGAAGGAACCAUUGUAUUGGCUUUGUUAGGCUGGGCAUCACAUUCCAUUUCGGAUGGGAAUGGACUGAGAAAGCUGCCUGAGGGGUGGCCAGACAAGUUACCACUGUCUCUGGCUUUGGGGACAGUUGGCAUGACAGGCCUCACUGCCUACUUUGGCCUGCUUGACAUCUGUGGCAUGAAGAAUGGCGACACGGUCAUGGUCAACGCAGCAGCAGGAGCAGUGGGCUCUGUCGUGGGACAGAUAGCUAAACUCAAGGGCUGCAAAGUUGUUGGAGCAGCAGGGUCUGAUGAAAAGGUUGCCUAUCUUAAGAAGAUUGGAUUUGAUGUUGCCUUUAACUACAAGACAGUAGAGUCAUUGGAAGAAGCUUUGAGAGCAGCCUCUCCUGAUGGUUAUGAUUGCUAUUUUGAUAAUGUGGGUGGAGAGUUUUCAAAUACUGUUAUAGCCCAGAUGAAGACAUUAGGAAGAAUUGCCAUCUGUGGGGCUAUCUCUCAGUACAACCGCACUGGUCCACGUCCUCAAGGCCCACCCCCAGAGUUCGUUAUCUAUCAGCAGCUCCGCAUGGAGGGGUUCCUUGUUACUCGCUGGCAAGGCGAUGUCCGCCAGAAGGCUCUGAUGGACUUGAUGAAUUGGGUCUCAGAGGGUAAAAUCCAGUGUCGUGAAUAUGUCCUUGAAGGAUUUGAAAAGAUGCCAGCAGCGUUCAUGGGAAUGUUGAAAGGAGAAAAUUUGGGGAAGACAGUAGUGAAAGCAUGAAAAAAAAGACAUAUGGAUCACCUUUGAAGGAUUAGUGUUUUACCAUUUAGUACAAAUGUACAUUGUCUAAUAUAAGACAUAAAUGCAAGGAGGUUACCUACCUAAUAAAAUGCACGUAUGAUUGUUUCCAUCUGUGAUAGAGAAUAAAAAUCUCAUAACAAACAACCUAUUUCCUAGGUAGGAAAUACUG